GAGAAGCGUUCACUGUCCUGCUCAGACCUUCUUCGACGUCACAGAAACACCGCCACCAUGUUGGAUCAGGAAGUGGGCAGAGUCUUCGUUAGAACACCGAGCCCAGCUUAACGUCAACGGCCGCUGUCUCUUCUUGGCCGACCUGUCUUUCACCUCCUUUUUUCCACUUCCAGAAUUCGGUUUUGAUGCUGCACGGCUCCCUAUCUCACCGAGGUAGGAGUCUGUCUUUGAAUCCGACCGCUUCGGAGCCCCAGCUAUGACUUCUCUCACGCAGAGAACCUCGGGCCUCGUCCAACGGAGGACCGAGGCCAUUCGCAGCGCCGCAGCCGCCGAGAAGGAGAAAGAUUCUGGUGGAGAGGAAGACGAGGCUCGCCGAGGUGAAGAAGAGGAGGAGGACAAGGGGGACUCUAAGGAAACCAGGCUGACGUUAAUGGAGGAAGUCCUGCUUCUGGGCCUCAAGGACCGAGAGGGCUACACGUCUUUCUGGAAUGACUGUAUUUCUUCCGGCCUCCGCGGCUGUAUGCUGGUAGAACUGGCCCUCAGAGGAAGGAUACAGCUGGAGGCCUGCGGUGUGCGGAGGAAAAGCCUCCUGGCAAGAAAGGUUAUCUGCAAGUCUGAUGCUCCAACAGGAGAUGUGCUGCUGGAUGAGGCCUUGAAGCAUAUUAAAGAAACUCAGCCUCCAGAGACUGUGCAGAGCUGGAUAGAACUCCUCAGUGGAGAGACCUGGAAUCCCCUGAAGCUCCACUACCAGCUCCGAAACGUCAGAGAGCGUCUGGCUAAAAACCUGGUCGAGAAGGGUGUCCUCACCACAGAGAAACAGAACUUCCUGCUUUUUGACAUGACCACACAUCCACUAACCAACAGCACCAUCAAGCAGCGCCUUGUCAAGAAAGUCCAGGAUUCCGUUUUGGAGAAGUGGGUCAAUGAUCCUCAUCGCAUGGACAAGCGGGUGCUCUCCCUGAUUCUCCUGGCUCACUCGUCCGACGUUCUAGAGAAUGCCUUCGCCCCCCUCCAGGAUGACCAGUACGACCUGGGCAUGAAGCGGGUCCACACCCUGCUGGAGCUGGAGCCCGAGAAGGAGAGCUCCAAGCCCAAUGCCAAUGAACUCAUGUGGGCUGUGGUCGCUGCAUUUACUAAAUGAAAAUGCCUGACUGGUUGAGACUGAAACGAUCUGGCUGUGGUCUGGGUUAUUUAAUUGGUCGAAGGACUUAAUAAGACAGACUUCACUUAAAUGAGACAAUCUAUUCUGGUUGAGGAGCCUGUUUAUACAUCUAUUCUGGAUGACUUUUUUUUUUUUUUUGGUGGUAGUCAAUAUUAACGAAGUGCAGUCUGAGUGGUGGUGGGCUUCACCAAGUAACUGUUGAUUUGAAGAAAUGGUGUCUGGAUGGAAAACGACGACGGGCUGCUUUCACAUGAGUGAGGUAAGUGAUCUGCCACCGCAGACUAUGGAUCUAUUUAAAAUCAUCAACACUACGAGCGGACGAGGAUCUGCUUGCAUAGGAUGGCACCAGGGAGCAGAGCAGGUGGCAGUUGUCAUGGUGAAUAUGAAGAAACUGACCAGGGUCAAAGCGUUGCAUCAAAGAAAAGAAGAAACGUCACCUGCAUUGCUUCAAUGUCUGGCCACGGUCUGCAAACUAGUCUCUGUACGCUCUCUCAUGUUAAUUCAGAAAGAUGGAAAAUUACAUGACUGUAGAUACUCUUUGCACACCGAGGUUGCACCCCCGCACCACCCCCAUGUCCCCCGCUCUCUCCAACAGUUCGUUCCCCAAUGGUUUGGGGUAGUUACUGUUAGAACAGACUACCUGAAUGUUUAACAGAUUUUCUCAUUAUUUUGUCAUCAUGCUUUCUCUCCUACUUUCUUUCUCAGCGCAUUCUGAGGAAGAGAGGAAGGAUAAAAACACCCGAGUUCUGUUCAUUAUCUGACCCUUUAGUGACUUACAUGAAGAAUUUCACCUCGAGUGUAUUUAAGUACACAAAAAAACUUUUUUUUUUUCGUUUUUUUUUUUUUUUUUUUUUGCAAGGGUCCAUUCUGUGUUUAUAUUACAUGGCUAGUCUCACCAUUGUUGUUUUAUGUAGCUAACUGAGGCCUGGAGUAGCCUUUCAUUUAUCACCUGUUCUAUUCAGUCUUUAUCCCUGUAGGUUGGAUUGUAUUUAUAGAUAUUUUACAGGGUUGAGUAACAUUAAAAAUGAUGAACCUUAGCAACUUUGACAAAAAAAAAAAAGAAAAAUUAAUUAAAAGCUCCCUAUGUAGACUGCUUCUGAUUAAUAACAGCUUCUGCUUUCUGAGUGUGAAUUAAAACAAAAGGUGCUUUCAGAAACUAAUUUCAGAUUGGGAUCUCUGAGUGUAAGAGUUACAAGACUGCUUUCUGAAAUAGGCUGUUGAUUUUUCUACUACACAGGUUUGUUUCAGUUUGGUCCAUGUUAGUGUCAAUUUCCCACCUUUUUUGUUCUUAAUGAUGAAAUACAGCUCUUCACGGAAUGCAGCUGGUUUUACACCCAUGACGAUUUAAGAGUCUCGUUCAAGUGGAGUUUUUGUGAUCCGCCUUAUGAAAUUCACAGGUCUGGUUUCCCACUUUGCUGAUCCACAAACCUGAGUGUGAACUGUUUUCCUUCUACGAAAGAAUGGAAAUUAUCAGCAAAAAUCUAAGGAGAUGAAAUGGGUAGUUUGGAUGAGGUGACCCUUAGAGGCUUCAUCUUGCAGUUGAUGAAUCUAUAGGUUUUAUUUUAUAUAGUCAUAAAUCAUACAGAUUUUGUUAAAAAUAAAUAAAUAAAAAACCUAGGAAUGUUGUUUUGUCUUUAGAAGAUGGAAGAGUUAGUUGUGGCCCAAACAAAUCCCGAAGAUGUAGUCCGUUGGAACAAAAACUCGACACCAAAAACACAAUUCAGAGCAAGUCAGUAAAAACUUACUUUCACAAAUAAAAAUGUGAUCAUAACUAUAAUUGAGUUCUAGUCAAUGUAAUCUUUGUGUAAUGUGAAAUUGCUUUUUGUUUGAUUGCAUACAUUUUUCUUUCCUGUUUGAUUUUAAUUUCUAAAUGCAACAUACCAAGGGGUAUGAAGAACUGUUCCAAUGCGUUUACAGCAAAGAGACCAUGCAUGCUAUUGGUGGAGGGGCCGGGGUACUUGACGGAUGUAGCUACAGAGAACAGGCUUGUAUGUAAUUAUUAGUCUUUUUACGUGUAUGAUCUAAUGGAAUUCAAUGAAAGGGAUCUACUCUGCUAUUCUCUAUAAUUCUGUAUGCUUUUUUUUGUAUUACCACAGAAAAUAAAGUAAAGAUCCUUUAAGUGCCUGAA